AUGGCUGCCUUGAGCUUCAGCCCAUCACCUCCUCCAAAGGAAAACCCCAAGGAAAACCCCAAUCCAGGGAUGAAGACCACGCUGAAACCUUUUGGAAAGAUCACCGUUCACAAUGUGUUGAGUGAAAGUGGCGCCAACGCCUUGCAACAGCAUAUAGCCAAUCAGAAUACCAUUAUUCGAAAGAUCCGGGACUUUGGCAUGCUGGGUGCUGUACAAAGUGCCGUGGCCAGCACAACAAACACCACACCCAUACCCAGUCAACGGAAGAGGCCCCUGGGAGAGUCCCAAAAGCAGAACCAACAGAACCAACAGAACCAGCAGAAUCAACAGCCCAGUAAAACUUCAGUGCCUGCCAAAAAGUGCAAGACCAACAAGAAGUUGGCAGUGGAAAAGCAACCAAAAGCAGCAGCUAUAAGCCAUCCAAAUAAAAGCCAAGCCGACCAGAGUUUCGGAACACCUGGAAGAAAGGGUUUGCCUUUGCCACAAGCCGUUGCCCGUAGAAACGCUAGGGAAAGGAAUCGCGUAAAGCAGGUUAAUAAUGGAUUUGCUUUACUGCGCGAGAAGAUCCCGGAAGAAGUUUCCGAGGCUUUUGAGGCCCAGGGGGCGGGAAGGGGAGCCAGCAAGAAGCUAUCCAAGGUGGAGACCCUCCGCAUGGCCGUGGAGUAUAUAAGAAGUUUGGAAAAACUGCUGGGAUUCGAUUUUCCACCCCUCAACAGUCAGGGGAAUAGUUCUGGAUCCGGCGAUGACAGCUUUAUGUUUAUCAAGGACGAAUUCGAUUGUCUGGAUGAACACUUCGACGACUCCUUGAGCAACUACGAAAUGGAGGAGCAACAGCCAGUCCAGCCAACUCUGUCCGAGGAAAUCCAAAACCCUCCGCAAGCCACUGAUCUCCUGCCUAGUUUGACUACCUUGAAUGGGUUGCAAUACAUCAGAAUACCGGGGACCAACACCUAUCAACUGCUAACGGCUGAAUUACUGGGCGAUUUGAGUCACGAGCAAAAACUUGAAGAAACAGCUGCUUCGGGCCCGUUAUCGCGAUCGCCCGUGCCACAAAAGGUGGUAAGAAGUCCCUGCUCCUCGCCAGUUUCACCUGUCGCCUCGACUGAGUUGCUGUUACAGACGUGUGCCACACCGCUGCAGCAGCAAGUAAUUAAACAGGAAUACGCCAGCAGCACCAACAUUAGCAGCAGCAGCAACGCACACACUUCCCCGCAGCAGCAGCAGCAGCAGCAGCAACAGCAGCAGCAGCCUCAAGUUCAGAACCUGGGAUCGUCGCCUAUCUUACCCGCGUUCUACGACCAGGAACCCGUGAGCUUCUACGACAACGUAGUACUACCCGGAUUCAAGAAAGAGUUCAGCGACAUUUUGCAGCAGGAGCAGCCCAACAACACGACCGCUGGCUGCCUUUCGGACGAGAGCAUGAUCGAUGCCAUUGACUGGUGGGAGGCACAUACACCCAAGUCUAAUGGUGCAUGCACUAAUCUAUCCGUUUAG